AGAAAAUGUGCAUUAAAUUUCUUUUUAAAAGGAAAUUCAUAUAGUAAAAGGUUAAAUCACAGGUAAAGACACAUGCACUUCAAUACCACUAUUAAGACUAAAACCAACUACGUGACAGUGUAGGAAAAGGGCAUGUGAGAAUGUACAGUCAGCAUCAAUGAAUUCCAGAUAUUUCCAUUCAGGUUGGACAACCCAACAUCUCCACUAUUUAAAUGCCACUUCUGUGUAAAUGCUGCUUAGACUGCCUACCCUAGAUAAGGUUUUCAUUCAGCGCAUAUUUGCUACAUUGAAGAAGACAUGGACAAGGGGCAAAACUGGAACAGGUGGGAAGGCUAUGCAGAUUGGAGAAAUAGACCAGCCCUGAGAGGUCGUCAUGGUGGCAUGUUUGCAGCUUCUUUUGUCCUUGUUGUCGAAGUCUUGGAGAACCUAGCAUACCUCGCCAAUGCAAGCAACUUGGUUCUUUAUCUCUCAAAGUUCAUGAAUUUUUCUCCAUCUGCUUCAGCCAACAACGUUACCAACUUCAUGGGCACUGCUUUUCUCCUUGCUCUUCUUGGUGGCUUCUUAUCUGACUCCUACUUCACUACCUAUUGCAUCUAUCUAAUAAGCGCAAUAACAGAAUUUCUGGGUCUACUGAUGCUCACCAUGCAAGCUCACAUUCCAUCGCUGAAACCUCCCUUCUGCACUUCAGUCAACAGAAAUGCUUCAUGUCAGGUAGCUGAGAGGGGAAAGGCAGUACUGUUAUUUAUGGGUCUCUACUUGGUAGCAUUAGGUGUUGGAGGAAUAAAAGGUUCACUUCCUCCACAUGGAGCCGAACAAUUUGACGAGCGGACCCGACAUGGAAGAAAGCAGAGAUCGACAUUCUUCAAUUACUUUGUCUUCUGCCUCUCCUGUGGAGCAUUAAUUGCAGUAACAUUUGUGGUGUGGAUUGAAGAUAACAAGGGGUGGCAAUGGGGCUUCGGAAUUGCAACUGCAGCAAUAUUGAUCUCGAUACCAAUUUUCCUCCUCGGCUCAGCUACUUACAGGAUAAAAAUUCCCACAGGAAGCCCAAUUACAACCAUAGUCAAGGUUCUGGUAGCUGCAAUAUACAAGUGUUGGAUUUCAAGGAAAAGAAAAACCGCUAUUGAGAACAUGAGCACAACCCCAACAACUACAACUGAAGCCAGUGAGGAUGAAGAACAUGCUAACGGCAAUGUAGAAAUUCAGACGGCUGCGCAAGACCUCAAGUUCCUUAACAGAGCAUUAGAGACCAUGCCAGCCCCACGAUGGCUUCAUUGCAAUGUAAAACAAGUCGAAGAAGUGAAAUCAGUCAUUAAGAUCCUUCCAAUUUUCAUGUCAACCAUUAUGCUUCACUGCUGCCUCGCGCAGCUUUCCACUUUCUCCAUACAACAAGCAGCCACCAUGAACACUAAAAUUGGAUCUUUAAGAAUUCCACCAGCCUCUCUUCCAGUAUUUCCCGUUCUCUUCAUUAUGAUACUUGCACCAGUCUAUAAUCACAUUGUGAUCCCGGUUUCAAGAAAGUUAACUAAUACUGAAAUGGGAAUCACCCAUCUACAACGAAUUGGGACAGGCCUAGUUCUCUCAAUCAUAGCAAUGGCUACAGCGGCUUUGGUGGAGAUAAAAAGGAAGAAGGUGGCUCUACAAUCAGGCCUCAUAAAUUCAACUGAACCUCUUCCUAUCACAUUCCUUUGGGUGGCUUUGCAAUAUCUCUUCCUUGGUUCAGCUGACCUUUUCAGCUUGGCUGGCAUGAUGGAUUUCUUCUUCACAGAGGCCCCAUUUAGCAUGAGGUCAUUGGCAACAUCUCUAUCCUGGGCCUCAUUAGCAAUGGGUUAUUAUCUUAGUUCAGUGCUCGUAGAACUAGUGAACUGUAUCACAGGCACUUUUCGUCAUACACCAUGGCUCUACGGCAGUAAUUUGAACCACUAUCACUUGGAAAGAUUUUAUUGGUUCAUGUGCAUAUUGAGUGGCUUGAACUUCUUGCAUUAUCUCUUCUGGGCACGACGCUACAGCUACAAAACGUUGGGACCUGACAACCACCAGAAGGAAACGGGAAUCACAAAUGAGUCACCAGAGGUUUGAAUGUUCUUCUAUUGAAACGGAAAGCACCUUCCAUGAGCUAGCAAAGCUAGAAUAUGGUAUAGCAAGUGAGCCAUGUCAUGAUCUCUGAAUAUAUCCAUUAUCGUUACAUACAAAUAAAAUCAUUUACCUCAAGCACUCUAGAGUGCUUUCCAUGAGUGUCAAUAAUUAUAACAUAAUUCGUAUUGUAUUUUCAGCAAGCAAACUAUAUUAUGUUUUAAUUUAUCAAAUAUUAAGCCAUUAAAGUUCA